AUGUUAGGCUAUUCAAACGCUGGUAUUCCUGACAAAUCAUGGCAGCCACCAGUAGCUGUUUUAGAAACUUCAAUGGGAACAAUGAUAAUAGAAAUGUAUUGGAAACAUUCUCCAAUAACAUGUAGAAAUUUUAUGGAAUUAGUCCGAAGAGGCUAUUAUAACAAUACAAAAUUUCACAGAGUCAUCAGAGAUUUUAUGAUACAAGGUGGUGACCCCACAGCAACUGGAAAAGGAGGACAAUCUAUUUAUGGAUCAACAUUUGAUGAUGAAAUAACACUAGAUCUAAAACAUACAGGGGUCGCUCCUGUGACAUUUUUGAACAACCCCACUACAUUUUCAGAGCUUGUUAAGCAAAUACCUGGAAAAUUAUCUUUUCUUCUUGGGAAAAAAAUGAAACUUGCUCAG